UCUGGGAUUCCAAUUAUGCUGGCUGAUUAAGGCUGGCAUCUAGCUCCUGAUGAGCAGGGAGGUUUUUGGAUGACGGAUGACAGAAGUGCAUUAAAGCCCCGCAUUUCGAGAGUCAAUGCAUUAGGGAGAUAAUUAAGCGAACACAAGGAAACAAGUCCAACUUAUGUAUAAAGAAAGCUGUCGGCCGCAGUAUUUGGGAUGCGAGAUAUUUUUGGGAGAUUGCGUAAUUCACAAUUGUCUUAGAAGUGUAUUAAAUAGAUGAUUAUACAUUCUGUGAUAUGCAUUUAGUUGACAUACGAGUAAUAGCGCAAUAAGAUGAAUAAUGUGUUACAAUCGAUUGACGUAUUUCUGAGUCACUGUUUAUUCACUUCGUAUAUUUUCUUUGUACGUUUUGCUCUUAGCAGACUAUUGACCAUGGCUGUUUGGAAGCGCUGGUUUUGCGGCCUAUACCAACACGGAUUUAGUCUAAUUAACAAUGUUAAUUCGGUGUUUAUAUUACCGAGCACUCGUUGGUUAUGCAAAUUGUCUUCCUUACGGUAAGGCUGGCUUGUUGGGUUUAUUUUUAAGCUCCCUACUAAACAUACAGACUUGCUGCACUCUUAAAUGGACUGCUAUGUUACAAAUUUAAAUGUCCCCCUCAUAACACUGCAGGGUACCUACAGAAACCGAAGCUGGGCUGCAAAGACGCCCCAAUACUGUCACCGUGCCCUUGAAUGCUGAGAUCAACCCGGUGACCCAACCAUGGCCACAGCAGUCAGACUCUUUCCUCUUUUGGUGUAUGCCAGCUGCACCUUGAGGAUUAUGCCCUCUAAUGGCGAGUAGCGACUCCGCGAGCUUUAGCGAUGAAGAAUCCCAGUGAUGUUUGGGAGCCCAGUUCCUAAAUUGUACAGAUAAGGGCUCCAGCAUUGCAGAUAGAAUCUGGCUGUUUUAACUACCAUUUUCCAUAAGAAUAAUUGAGGACUGUUGAUUUCCUGUUUGAGCAAAUGUUUUCAACUAUUACGAAAUAUAAUAGCUAAACAUGUCUUUUGCAAAUCGUGGGCUAAGUUUCAGUCCAUUGGAUUCAUUCUCUGUGUCUCUGACAGGGUUUGUCAGUUUAAACUGCCUCCAAGAGAAUCGCGGACUGCAUGGCAUGGAUUCUGUGAUUCAGUGUUGGGUGAAAUCCGGCUAUCCAAACGUGAGAAUCGUGGCGGUGGUGUGGAGGAGGCUGGGGCUGUCCCCCCCCCUGCUCUCCUUCAUCGGGGGCGUGCUAAAGCAGGGCCCCCGUUUCCAACUGGCAGAGCCUCGCUGGGAUGAGGGCCGUGCCGUGGUGUCCCUGCUGGUGAGGGCCACCCGUGUGGCUGAUGAAGGGCUUUACCAUUGUUUGGUGCUGACGGACCAUGGAUACGCUGAGAAAACGGCACACCUGCGAGUCACAGCCAGGUACACUGGGCUAAUCGUGUCCUCCGUCCCGGAGAGUAACAUUCAAGACAAGACGGCAGUGGAAAUGUUCUGCAAUGCCCAGGGCGGUUAUCCAAAGGGCGCCAUCCGGUGGUUCGACCAGUAUGGCACAGAUUGGUCCCGCAGCGCUGAGACCGUGGCAAGAGAAACCGCAGACGGGCGCUUCGACAUUGUCAGCAAGUUUGCUGUGAGGAGGGUGUCCUCCGCCUCCCCCAGGUACCGAUGCUGCCUGCUCGACGGGGCUGGGGACAAGGAGGCCGAGGUUGAACUUCGUCUGAGCUUUGCUGUUCCAGGUCAAGAAAAGGCAACAGCGGCAAGAAGGAGCUACAAAGCUGUUACAGCGAGCGUCAUCGUCCUGGGGUCACUGGUCUGUGGUUUUCUGGUCCUCGUUCUCCUUCAGAGGAGCGAGAGCUGUGCUGCAGCUCAGCGGCACUUUGAUGAAGAACCUGUCAGGGUGACAGACGGUAUGGGCAAUAUAGAAGAAAAUCAUACAGACCCUUAAAAAUGCAUCGUCAAUACCCAGUGGAUGUAUAGACCCUUGAGAAGAUCACUGCUAAAGUUGGCAUAUUUCAGUCUCCCAAGUAAAUUCUGCUCUGUCCUGAAGGGGAUUGUUUCGAUAAGCAUGUCUUUUCAAUCUCGAGAGGGAAUUUCCUUAUUCAGGCAUCGGGUGUGAGGCUACAGGAUUCGAUUUUUUUUUUUUUCCAUUUCCUGUCUGCCUUCAUUUUUAGGCCUGUUUCAAGUGUUGGGUUAAAAUUUUGAAUUAAACUCUGUAACGUUGGCUGUCUUUCCGUCAGUCCAUCUUUUAAGUGCUUAUCCGGGACCAUAGUGUGUGAGGCUGCGGGGGUACACCCUAGAUGGGAUGCCGGUCCAUUUUAUGGAACAUUUCAUCAUAUUUACAUUCACUGGGCAAUUUAGAGACACCAGUACCUGCAUGUCAGCACAGCCACAUACGGCACAGAAGAGGGAUAAUGGUACCAGACAUCCACAUAUCCAGAUGGUGGGCGCCAUCUGAACUGAAGUCCUGGUUCUGUCUCAUGGAAGUGUGACGUCGUUGAUGAUGCUUACGAACGAUGUCGUCGUGGGUGCGACCCACGACGUAUCGACUAACACAGAGCUCGGUGCACAGUGCUGCUCGUAGCACUGGAUCGCUAACGGACUAUGACCACAGUUUCCACCUCGCUAAAACGGUGAAUUGUUUUGUAUAAUGCUGGUAUGCCGGGGGCUGCUGUUUUACCUUGGACCCACAGAGGUUUUUUUCCAUUUACUCAGGAGUUCUUAGUUCCUCUCCUCCCCUGUCAUCUGACUUUCACUUCCACGUGCCUUGUCGUUGAUUCGCGCACCAUUUCGUAUAAACGGUGCCGUAAUAGAUUGCGGCGCUCUUGUGAAGUGCUUUGGGGCAACUUGUGAAAGGCACUAUAUUAAAAUAAACUGAAUCGAAUUGAAAAAGUGACUGGCUGCAGGGCGACGUUCGCUGGCCGAACAGCUUCACCCGCCUGCUGCUGUUUGCCUUCCCACUUAAUGCGAUGGGAGCCUCUCGGGAGUGUCUCAUUUUACUCGUAUUUUAUCUCCUAACCCUGUCUAGUAAAGCGCAAAAGAAGGUUUUGUACCUGAGGCCGGGAGAUGGGUUUUCCAUCAAUUGCUCAGACAGUGUUCUGGACAUUAAGUCAGUAAAUCUGUAUAAAGAGGACACCCAUUUGUUAUCCUACAAUGGGUCAUCUGAUCCUAUGCGGGAAGCCAGCAGAGUGAGAAUCUCGGGGAGCCUACGGAACCUCAGCUUCACGCUGACCGAAAUAAACGACUUUGACUCUGGAAUUUACCUCUGCAAAUAUGAAUCUCCAAGCGGCGCCUCGUACGGUCGUGUCACGCUAGUUGCGGUCAGCGAUGAAUCUCCGUGCAGCCCUGCCCAUUCAAGUGAUUCAGCUGCUGGUGACCAAGGAAUGUUCCUCAUCCUGACCACUGUGUUCUCAGUGUCGUCUGUCUUCAUAUAUGUAGCCAUAUUCAUCAUCUGGCUCAUUACUAAGGUGAAGAAGUGCCGCGCGAGAACGGCGCCGGGCAGAUGUCCCGACAGCGUUUAUGAAGUGAUGCAGUUGCACGUGAGAGGUGCUGAAGCUUAGAAACGCUAGCAGGCAAAACUGUAGGUGGCAGAUUAUACAGCUGCAAUCUGCAGCAGCAAUAGUGCUGACAACAGAAAGUUUAAAGCUAAGUACGCGUUAGGAACAUCUGAUGCAUUACCUGUUACAUUACCGUAUUACAGAACAAUCAUUCUGGGACAAACCAUAUCUUGUUUUUUUCAUCCUGUUUUCUACUAAAAUAUGUCCAUUUUAAUAUAAGUAAGGCAAAAUAAUAAAAGCGUAAAAGAAUA